AUGCGAGAGGAAGUGUCGGCUCAAUUUCCUAACUUUGAUCCGGAUGCCCGAUCCUUGAGACAAGAAUCAUUUGAAGGAGGAUGGAAUGUUACGGCCCGUUACGGCAUGUCAUUAGCCUUAAAUAAAGGGGAAGGAAGAAAUCGGGUACGUCGUACUAAUCAAAGGCGAAAUCGAGGCCGAGGAGAAAAAUCUUGUUGUGCCAUCAACCUCAAGACGGCAUCUCAACAAGCCCUCGACCUUGUCAUUUUGCCUUCUACUCCUAUGUUUGAAGAAAAAGGGUUGGAUUCGGAUUGGGUUCAGCUUGAUACUCAUACUUUCUCAACCCUCCGUUUGGGAGUUACAAAACAGAGACUUGCUUCCUUUAUCCUUGGCUUCACGGGCGAUGAUCAGAGGGCUGAGGCCCCAAAUUAUAGGGUGGCAUUGAUGGUUUUGGAGCAGCAGAUGGAUCACAGAUUCCAGCAUUUAGAAGGGUUCUUUGAAGAAAUUGUAGAUCGAUUAUAUGCUUUGGGCAUAGAUGCCAAUAAGAACCAGAAUGAUGACAAGCCACGCAUCGGAGAAGAUGCCAUUCGUGGGCAACCUAUCAUCAGGCCUACUCCUGGGGUUCAUUGGCAUAGACAACAGUUCUACGUGGAGGAUUCAAAUGACGAGGAGGAUUAUUUUGAAGAGCCUGUUAUGAGGAAUGCUGGCCAAAAGAGGCGUGAUUAUGGUUAUAGGGAUCCAAAUAACUCCAGGCUAAAGGAUGUACCUAUACAUAUUGAUAGGUAUAAAGAAUACAAAUCUCUUAGAAAACAUAAGGUUACACAGCGAGGGGAAGGAGACAAUGAAAUUUGCUACGAGCUAGAUGAAGACGAUGAUGAGUAUGAUGUGGAUGAUGAUUGCCAAAAUUAUGUGGUGAAGAGAAUGAAGCUGACACCAAAGCAAGAGAAUAACACUUAG